AUAAACAGCUGAGGGACGCCAUAUUUUGUGAAAAGAAAUUAAAACAGCAUUAAUAAAUUUGUUUCUAUAAAAAAUCUCAAUACUACCCUGUCAAAAUGGGAAGACGUAAAUCAAAGAGAAAGCCACCACCAAAACGUAAAAAUAUCGAGCCCUUAGAUCAACAGUUUAAUUGCCCUUUCUGUAAUCAUGAAAAAUCAUGUGAAGUUAAAAUGGACAAAGGACAUAAUGCGGCGAGGAUAAGUUGUCGAGUUUGUCUGGAAGAUUAUCAAACGACAAUUAAUUUUCUAUCGGAGCCUUUGGACGUUUACAAUGAUUGGGUUGACGCUUGCGAAACAGCUAAUUAACUAAAACCUGUCUCUUACUGUAAGAUAUUUCUUUUCCAUUAAACACAAAUCCCAUACAAAUUUAUUUAAGUAAAAAACUUUUAUGUUGCAAUUAUAAUAAAAUAAAACGGAAACUGGACAAAAGGAAACAAAA